AUGGGUUCUUAUGUAAAGCUUGCCAAGAGAGCUGUGGAGACUGACAUGCCGAUCAUGGUUCAGAUACAGGAAUUGGUCCGAGGAGCCAAAAAUGCUGUGUCCUUGGCACAGGGGGUGGUUUAUUGGCAACCACCCAAACAGGCAUUGAAUAAGGUGAAAGAACUUGUAUGGGAACCUUCCAUUAGCCGUUAUGGAUCUGAUGAAGGCAUUCCUGAACUCAGGGAGGCAUUAACGCAGAAGUUGCGAGAGGAAAAUAAGUUGGUGAAAUCUUCAGUUAUGGUUACUGCAGGUGCAAAUCAGGCAUUUGUAAAUCUUGUUCUUGCAUUAUGUGACGCUGGGGAUUCCGUGGUUAUGUUUGCCCCAUACUAUUUCAAUGCGUACAUGUCUUUCCAGAUGACUGGCGUCACUAAUAUACUGGUGGGUCCUGGCAACCCAGAGACGCUUCAUCCUGAUGCAGAUUGGUUAGAGAGGACAUUAUCAGAAGCUAAGCCUGUCCCAAAGGUUGUCACCGUUGUUAACCCUGGCAACCCAAGUGGGACCUACAUUCCAGAUCUCCUUCUUAAGAGGAUUUCAGAUCUAUGCAGAGAAGCUGGAUCCUGGCUUAUUGUAGAUAAUACAUAUGAGUAUUUUAUGUAUGAUGGUCUAAAACACUCGUGUAUAGAAGGAGAUCACAUUGUCAAUAUCUUUUCUUUCUCAAAAGCAUAUGGAAUGAUGGGAUGGCGAGUUGGAUAUAUAGCAUACCCAUCAGAAGUGGAAGGCUUUCAAACUCAACUUCUCAAAAUUCAAGACAACAUACCAAUCUGUGCUUCAAUACUGUCACAGCACCUUGCUCUCUAUUCCUUAGAAGUGGGACCCCAGUGGGUGACCGAGCAAGUGAAAGAUCUCGUCAAGAACAGAGAUAUAAUUCUGGAAGCACUCUCCCCUUUGGGUGAAGGAACUGUGAAAGGUGGAGAAGGUGCAAUUUACCUAUGGGCAAAGCUUCCAGAACAGUACGUGGAUGAUGAUAAAGUCGUUCGCUGGCUUGCUACGAGGCAUGGGGUUAUCGUGAUUCCAGGAGGUGCAUGCGGAUGUCCCGGGCAUCUGAGGAUCUCUUUUGGAGGCCUGACAGAGAAUGACUGCAAAGCUGCUGCGGAGAGACUGAGGAGAGGAUUGGAAGAUUUGGUAAGCAACGGAAUUGUGGAGUGA